AUGGCGGAGCUUGGGACGCAGAAGGUCGCGGUAGCGGGACUAGCGAGGAGGCUGCUUCAGCGGCCGCCGGCCGGGACCGGCCGAACGUGGCGCAUGACGCUCAAAGUCACGGUCCCCGUGCCCCUCUACCUCCAGCACGCGGUGCUCGCCCAGGAUGUUGGCAGCGUCGCGGAGCUGCUCGAGGCGGUCGCCAUGGGCGGCCUCGAGGAGCUCGGCCUCAGCCGAGCCGCAGAAGGUGGAGCCGGGGGUGGGACCAAGGGAUCCAGUUUGGACCCCUUGGAGCCCGCGCUGCCGGAGGGCGGCGAUGGCGAGGAUGGGCGGCCCUGCUCGGCGGAGGAGGCGGAGGAGGAGGCUCGCCGUCGGGGCUGCGCUCGCUGGCUGGAGCUCGAUGCGAUUGCGGCGCGGCUGCGUCGCUACCUCGGCGAUUCUGACCCGGGCGCUUACCCCAUCGACUUCUUCUUAUCGAGGAGCGAUUCUAAGAUCAGGCCUGCCACUGGGCGAAAAUCGGCCGUCCCUCAGUGCUUCCAGCCUGCCCGCUUCAGUUUCCUCAAUUGGCUCGAAUUUUGCUUGUAG